AUAUAACCGAACGGGCCCCGCCUGUCGGAGCCGGACGCUCCUUGGAGAUCUCGACCCAAUGCCCCUGGUCCAGGGUGGUGCAGGGGGCAGGCCAGCACCCGGAGUCUGAAGUUCAGAAACUUGGAGAAAAUGCACAUGGAAUGAUUGGAUAUGGUGGUGCCACCGUCCCGCCUGGAGUUGUUAAACCCGUCGGUGGUGCUGGAAGGAGGCCGGGCCAGCCUGUGUGCACUGCAGAGGCUUUUGGAGAUGAUUUACUGUACGGUCGCCACCAUAUUUUGCUAUGCAGAGGCCGAGGCCCAGAAAGCCAAGUGUCCGACCAAGGCCACUCGGUGUCCUGAGGCAAGGCCGUUCUGGACAAGGCAGAGGGAGGAGCCAGCCCUCCCUCCGUGAGGACACCUGCACAAUCUCCACAUGCAUCUCCCUUCUGGGAACUCGUCUGUGCACCGGGAAGCUGUUAGCUCUCUGGGUGGUCUGGGUCCUGCUGCCUCUUCCGGAGAGGGGGAGGGGCAGAUGAUCCAGGCCGAGAGUUGUCACCCGUUUCCAAGGGUGAUUUGGGAGAAAGGUGAGAGGAGGACACGACCACUUGUCCAUAAAUGCAGGAGGCCUGGUGUCUCUCUUUGAAGGGCACUGUCCCAGGGCCGGAGCCGUCCCCAGGGUGUGGGCCUGUGGCAGCUGUGGUGCCUGCUGUCUGGGGCUCCUGGCUGCAGCCGUGCCACCUGGUAGAAAUAUAGAGCCAGCCACGUACGUAAUUUUAAAUUUUAUAGUAACCAUGUUACACAGGUAAACAGAAACAAGUGACAUUGAUUUAAAUAAUAUAUUUUAUUUUACCCAAUAUGUCAGAAACGUCUUCCUUUCCACCAUGUAAGGGAAGUAAAAAUCAUCAAGCUGUUUCACACUCCUUUUUUCGAGUGCUCAAAAGGCAGCGUGUGUCUUGCUCUCACAGCGCAUCUCCAUGGACUUGCCGGGUGGCCGACAGCACGUGUAUUGGACAUAGAUGCCCUUGUGGCCGGUUUCAGAGGAGGACACAGGGCAGCUGGCCUGGCCAAGACUGGCUUGGCUCCCAGGCCUGGCCUCACUCCUGAGGAGAUAGAGACGGGGAGACGGUGAGGACCAGCUACCCGGUGGGGCUUGGCCCAGAGCGCAGAUCCAAAGACUCGGACCCAGGGUUCUGGACGUGCCUUCUGCGGCGCCGCACGUUUGCUCUGCUCGGUCUGUCCCUGGACGACGCUGGGGUGUCUCCCCUUCUGCACAUUUGCCCGCAGCCCGUCCCCGCUCAUGUGGGGCUCCCUCCGCCCCCUGCGAACCUCCCCGCACUGGGAUCCAGGCCUCUUCACUUCUGCGCCUCCCAUCAUGUCAUCUCCCUCCUCCCUGCAAAACGCUUCACUCCCACCGUCCCCGAGACGCUGGGGGGGGGGGAUGACACUGCUGGCCGCUGGCCUGACUGUCCCCUGGGCAGGAGGGAGGACUUUAGUACCCAUCAGGUGUUUCCUCCAGCCCUGGCGGGCUCUCUGAUGCUGAAUCUGCUCAGGCAGAGCGCCGCGGCCUUCCAGGACACGCAGCUAUGAGAUCGCUUCUAACCAGAACUGGAGCAGGUUUGGAGCCUUCUAGGACGGGGAGCAUUCUGGGGGACCUCAGAGCAGGCCAGGAGCUUCCUCCACAGGGGCGAGAACCGGAUUUCCUGCAGUGCCCCAAGAUGGAGUUCUCCACGGAGGUUGUUGGGAAGCGUUCGCUGGCGUUUCCAGUCGGCCCUCUCAGCAGCUCUCCAGGGCGGUCCCCACUCUGCUUCUCCAGCGUCCGUCUCUUCAAGGCUGUUCCUUUAGUCUUUCAGCUCAGCACAGACUUUGGUGGAAACAGUUUUUCUUUUUCCUUUUUUUUGUGAGGCAAUCCCACGAGGCUGUCCAAAAACAUUUCAUUUGUAAAUUAAUCCAGCCAGAAACAAAACUCUAUGCAGCUUGAAAGGGAACACUUGACAAUCAUUAAAAUGUGUUGUAAUUAUCGCCCCGCCCUGCUAAUCAUUUGCCAAAGUGAGAUAAAGCAACUGACAGACAGCUCUCCAUCUCAGCCUCUGCCCCCGCCUCCUCUCCCGGUGGCCCAGGCUUGGGGAAGGUUCUCAGGGCAGGGUCUUUUCCAUUUACAUGGUUUACGUGCUGCUAAAACACCCUGGGACUUGAUCAAUCCAUCCAGACUCCAGAGAAGGGGGUUCUGAUAUACGGCAUAAAUCCAAGUCUAAACCUGGCUCACCACUUUCUAGGUGCCGCGUAGGCACCAUGGCAGCUGCUUUAUGAAAGCUCGUUUUGUGAAUAAAACGUUGCACGUUGUAAUUCGGAGGGUACGGAGGAGCAAAGAGCAUGGCAGCUUCCACGGUGACCGACCCUGACCCAGGUGCCUUCAGUCUCCAGGGCUCUACAAGGCCGAGAGCAGAUAAGAACAGUCCUGCUCUGGCGAGAAACCGGAAGAACGUCCGUGCACCACUGCUGGGACCAUCCUCUCCAGAGAAGAUUAGUGUGCAGGGAGCACCCCAAGGAGGCCGCAGGCGCAGGAGGACCAAGUUCAGCAAACACCAGUACAAGAUUCUUACUGAGGCCUUUGAGAGGGAUGCCUACCCCGAUAUCACCGUCCGAGAAGAGCUGGCCAAGCGAACCCAGGUCCCUGAGUCAAGAAUUCAGGUUUGGUUUCAGAACCGGAGAGCUCGAAUACCCAAGAGCACCCAGAGGAGGCCUGGUGUGGAGGCAGACGCCCAGGUUCCAGGACCGGGUCGGGGGGGAACCUGCCCCCCUGGCUGCCCUUGUCAGCUGGGCCUUCCGGGGCCUGAGAGCAACGCCGGCUGCUUCUCCUGGGAGUCAGAGGAUGCUUCUGGUCAAGCCGUCCCCUCCGGGCAUGCUGGUGUUCUGGGCCUGAAUGUGGCCUCAUCUGACCUGGAGGUUCCAGCCAGCGCACUCAGCAAGCCUUCUGGAGACUUCCAUCCCUCUCCCUCCCUGGGCUUCAGCCCUACAGCUCUGUAUCCUCUUCCCGCCUCCACACAGCCCUUCUCACAGCUGGAAGCUGGUGGUGCAGGGACUCAUCUGGGGGACCCCAGCCUGCUCCUGGCGUGUGAGGACGGGGCUGUGCAGGGCUGGGCGCAGAGUCCUCCCGCCGGUGAACAGCAGCCCUGGUGGGGCUGGCAGCCUCCUGCCCUGGAUCUAGGGAUGUCGCCCCAGCAGCCGCUUUCCCAGCCCCUGGGGUCCUGGGAGCAACCGCCCCGUCUGCCCCAGGAGCCCCCUUGGCCCCAGGGGUCCCCUCCGCCCCAGGAGCCCAGGCAGCACCCUGCUCCUCCUCCGAAUCCGCUCUGGCCUCAGCUCUACCCAGUGGAGGUGCCCGCCGGGCAUCGGGAGCAGUUUCCCUCCUUCCCUCCCCCCGGAGACAGGACCUCGGUGGGACCCCUGGGGCACCCGCCCAGCGACCGCAGCCGUGGGGGCAGCACUUGAAGCUGCUGCCACAGCAAAAUGGUGGAAAUGACCUGAGUAAGUGUGAAGCGCUAGGAGACGUAUUAGAUCCACUGUGGUUCCUCUAUACAUCGAACACGCUGCAGAAUCGAAAGGGAUGUGCAGAUCCGCGUACUGUGCCGUGGGGAGGUCCCCCCUGACACUCUUCUCAGGGAACGAAGUCAGGAUGGAAGGGCACAAAGUGCGGGGCAAGCAGGCAGAGGACCUAAGGGGUCUCUUUAGAUGGGGAAAAAGGAAUUCUAAAAAUCCGCCUGUCCUGCCUUGUGUGGAGUGACCGACUGGAGCACUCAAGAUGUCCUGUGAGGGCUGGCCCCGUGGCUUGGUGGUGAAGUGCGCGCGCUCCAAUGCUGGUGGCCCGGGUUCGGAUCCUGGGCGCACCGAAGCACCACUUCUCCGGCCAUGCUGAGGCUGCGUCCCACAUACAGCAACUAGAAGGAUGUGCAGCUAUGACAUACAACUAUAUACUGGGGCUUUGGGGGGAAAAAAUAAAUAAAUAAAAUCUUUAAAAAAAAAAAAAAAGAUGUCCUGUGAACACCUGGAAGAGCUCAGGGAGGGUGGAACGUGGCUAACAGUCAAUAAAGUGUGAGGAUUUGCCCAGCCAAGUGUGGCUGCUUCUGGAUGCUGAGCGUGUCCCUGCCCCUGGGCAGUUUCCUGAACACCAGCCCCCCUCUCCCAACUCCCCCUGUAGGGCCUAAUGCAACUCCAGCGUGAGAUGAGCGGGUCUGAGGGAGGAAUGGGGAAGAUGAAUGAAAUGCAUCUCUGCUCUCCAGUUCACAGUCUGGCCUGGGCCCUUCCCGUACCCACCCGGCCACACCGACACAGGGAGAGAGG